AUCUAUUGCACAUCGGGUAAACCAAUUGGCUUUAGAAUUCAAAGCAAUUAGAUCAAUAGCUGCAUCUGUCUCUAAUAAGUUCGCUUUCAAAUCUUCUAGCUCAAAUGUAAUGGCUAAUUUAAAAGAAAAUAAAAGGGCUGGAGAUGAGGAUGAGAAUCUUUCUGCUUCUGAUAGUGAAGAAGAUGUAGCAGCAGCUCAAGUAAAGGAUAAGAGACUCAAUAUUUGUGAAGAGAAAAACAGAACCAGACUUGUUGCUAAAUCUAGCAUUAUCCUCGAAAUCAAGCCUUGGGAUGAUGAAACAGACAUGGUAAAAAUGGAGUCAAUGGUCCGCAGUAUUCAAUGUGAUGGUCUUACCUGGGGUGAAUCUAAAUUAAUUUCAUACGCAUAUAAAAUUAAAAGACUCGAAAUAGCUUGUGUCUUAGAGGAUAUGAAGGUUGGAACUAAGUUUUUGAAGAAUGAAAUCACAGCCUUCAGUGAUUUGGUACAAUCAGUUGAUAUUGCUGCCUUUAGCAAACUCUAA